AUGUUAACAGAAAUUGCUGGCUCCAUUAUGGAGCUUGUUCGACGAGAGGACGAAGAGACAGAUCCUGAUGACGCCGACUCGGGACAGAAGGAAAUAUUCGCAUCAUGGGCGCUAUUCAUAUCAAUUAUGCUCCUCAUAAUUGCCUUCUUCACCAGCUAUAUGCUACAGCAGAAGAAGGUCCAAGCUGUCCAUGAAACAGUAAUCUCUAUUUUUGCUGGAAUGACCGUAGGGUUAAUUCUUAGAGUGAGCACCGGCCAUUCUAUUCGACAACUCGUUAGUUUCGACUACCAGAUCUUCUUCAACUUACUACUACCACCUAUCAUCCUAAACUCCGGAUACGAGCUACAUCAAGCCAAUUUCUUUCGGAACAUUGGUACUAUCCUGACCUUUGCCUUCGCCGGUACUUUCUUGUCUGCCGUAGUAAUCGGCUUGCUGUUAUGGCUGUAUACCCGAAUACCACUUGAAGGGCUUGAGAUGACAUUUAUUGAUGCCAUCUCUGUUGGUGCAACUUUAUCUGCUACGGACCCAGUCACUAUCUUAGCCAUCUUCAAUACCUACAAAGUGGACCCAAAACUAUAUACCGUUAUCUUUGGCGAGUCUAUCUUGAACGAUGCUAUUGCGAUUGUCAUUUUCGAGACCGCGCAGAAGUACAAGAGCGAUUCCGCAGGUGCAUAUGGGUUUUUGAGUUUCCUCGAAGGUGUGGGCAUCUUCUUGCUCAUCUUCUUUGGUAGCUUGCUUAUCGGGGUUCUGGUUGGCGUUGGUACUGCGCUGGCUCUGAAAUUCACCUAUAUCAGGAGGUACCCUCAAAUCGAAACUUGCUUGAUCGUGCUAAUCGCAUAUGCGAGCUACUUCUUUUCUCAAGGAGUAAAGAUGUCAGGUAUCGUGUCUUUGCUGUUCUGUGGUAUUACUCUUAAGCAUUACGCAUACUUCAACAUGUCACGACGAACACAGCUCAGUACCAAGUACUUCUUCCAAAUAUUAGCCCAACUUUCCGAAAAUUUCAUCUUCAUCUAUUUAGGCCUAUCAUUAUUCACGGAUAAUGACCUCCAGUUUCAACCGCCCCUGAUAAUUGUCACCAUCAUCGCCGUUUGUGCCGCGCGAUGGGUAGCCGUGUUUCCGUUGUCUAGGGCUAUCAAUUGGUUUCACCAUUAUCGGGCACGGCGUCAGGGUAAGGAGGUUAGCGACGAGCUUCCGUACAGCUACCAAGCUAUGCUAUUCUGGGCCGGCCUACGGGGAGCUGUCGGUGUGGCGCUGGCCGCUUUACUAACCGGGAAAAACUCGUACGCGUUGAAGGCUACUGUGCUCGUCGUGGUAGUGCUCACUGUGAUCAUCUUUGGCGGCACUACGGCACGAAUGUUGGAAAUACUGGGUAUUAGGACGGGUGUUGUCGAAGAGGUUGAUAGCGACGACGAAUUCGAUAUCGAGGCUGCGCCAUCAGGCUCUUAUUAUAAACGGUCUGGAACCGGAAUCGGAUAUAAUCCCCGACAGAGAAAUGGGUCUGUGCGUCUUAAUCGGGUGGAUUCUGGGAGACUCCAGCAACCCGCUGGACCAGAACGAGGAAGUUAUGUAUCAGGGCAUCGUUCACCGUCUUUCCCAACAUCACGUGCUACUAGUUCCAGCCGUAAGGGUUCUCGCCAAGUUGGUGAGGAUGUCGAACGAGCGGACCUCCUAGGCCGUGGCGGUAAUGUGACCGACUCGGAUCUCGGAAGCGAUAUUGACACAUCAGAUCUCCCGCCUCCAGCACGUAAAGCACCGCGGAGCCCUAUUCUUACACCUAGCGGGACGUCAGAAGAAGAAGGUGUAUUCUCAUACCCAACCUCAGGUCACCGAGAGGCAGCACCCGUUUCUGCUAGGGCAGCUAUUAAGCAAUUACUUACCGCUCAGGACCCCCAGGCCUUGUUUAGACAACUUGAUGAGGAUUACAUCAAGCCUAAACUGCUCCUUGAUGGGGGUAACGGAGGCCCAAGCGGUGGGAGAGGGAAUGGUGGUGAGGACUCUGAAUGA